UAUCCUUUUUCUUCUAAUUUCAAAUCCACAGUCAAAUCAUUAUUACUUAAAGCAAAUCUCUUAAUCCAUCAUUUUGUGUUAAUCACUCUCUUUUAUAAAAAUCCCUCACACCUCUAAGCACUCUUAACAAAUUAACAAUGGUUCCCCUGCCACCUAACGCUACCUCUGCCAUCAGCUCCACCGCUGCCUCCGCCGCCCCUGCCGCUGCUGCCACAUCGAAUCGGCUCGUUGUCGCCUUAAUUGGCUCGGUGAAUUCCAUUUGGGCUUUGUGGAAGAAGAAACCUAAUCGAAGUACCAAAACCAAAAAAACAGGGGAGAAUUCAUCGCUAGCGAAAUCGAAGAAAUUUCUGGCGAAGAUAAGCGGUAAGGCGACUAAUUUUAUGCGUAAGAAAAAAUCUAAGAAUGGGGGAGCUGAAAAUGGUGAGGAUUUUGGUGAUGGAGGGCUGUGGCAGAAGGAGAUUUUGAUGGGUGAUAAAUGCCAGCCGUUGGAUUUCUCCGGCGUGAUUUAUUACGAUCGGGACGGGAAUCAAUUGGCGGAGGUGCCGGUAAGAUCGGCGAGGAGUAGUCCUUUGCCCUUCUAUGUUACCGAAUCAUCAAAACAUUCAGAGAUUAAUUAAUUAAUUAGUCAGCUAAUCAGUUAAUUAGUGGAGUGUAAGUGAUAAUUAAUAAUAACAUAAUGCUGCUUUUU